UGUGACGUGAAAUCGUUCUGUCAAACGAACGUCCCUCAUCGGCAUCGGUCGCAGCUAGAACAAAUUUAGGAAGAUUAUUUCACGCCGAAACAUUUCCAUCCGCUGAAAUGUGGUCCGACACCUUACUGAUUGUGUUCAUAUCAGUGUGCACAGCAUUUCUCGGUGAAGGCCUAACCUGGUUGAUGGUCUAUCGAACAGAAAAGUAUCAGAAACUGAAGGGAGAAGUAGAGAAACAGAGCAAGAAACUGGAAAAGCGGAAGGAAACUCACGGAGAUUCUCUGGACAAAUCGCAUAAGAAGAAAAUCGAGCGGGAUGAAGAAAAACUCAAAAACAAUAAUCGGGAUCUUUCCUUGGUCAAGAUGAAAUCGAUGUUCGCAACAGGUUUCGCUUUCACGGCCCUGCUCAGCAUGUUCAACAGCAUCUUUGACGGUCGCAUAGUAGCACGUUUGCCAUUUACGCCUAUCUCAUGGAUACAAGGGCUCAGUCAUCGCAACCUGCCCGGGGACGACUAUACCGAGUGUUCGUUCAUCUUCCUGUACAUUCUGUGCACGAUGUCCAUUCGCCAAAAUAUUCAGAAACUGUUGGGUUUUGCACCUUCUCGGGCGGCCAGCAAACAAGCUGGUGGAUUGUUUGGCCCUACGCCAGGACAAUUCAAAUAAUUCCGGUUCGCUGAACCAGAGUGUGAGUAGUCAAAUUUAAUUCUAACGUUUUUUUUUGUUUUUAUAGAGAUUUGCUUUAAGUAUGCUAAACAAUAAGUCUAAGAAGUUUCGUAAUGUGAGAAACAAUUUCUUCACUGGGGUUUCGUCUUAGACCGAAUUACUUCAUCCAGCUAUUUAUUAGACAGACCAGGAAGUUAUUUUCUCAGCUGUCUCAUACUCGUUAUGUAGUUCGCUCAAUCGUCUUCAACUAUCAAUAAAUUCUCAUCUAUACUUAAUGCCACUUCUAGGGGCAUAAUGUACAUUUGAUAAAGUAAUAAGAAAAGUGAAUGAAAUUACCACAAAACUA